CACAGACAAGAGAGGGAUAGGGACCACAAGCCCGGCAGCGAGCGUGCAUGCGCGUACGAGCGGACGCUCUAAAAGGGAGCUCGGUGAUAGCAGUAGCGCGUGGUUGGGACUGCAUAAACUACAGUACAGCAGGCGGCCAGCGGAGCGCUCGUACUCGCUAAGUGAGGCUCCCAGUGGUCACAACACCAGCAGCAAGGAGCAAGGUGACGUGCCGCUUGCUACUCACUGCAUGCAUCUUUGGUCUUGCACUACAAGAUGUUAACGGCAGUGUGGCUAACUAUUGUGGCAGCAGCCUACAGCCAGGCACUAGCCGCGACGUCCAGCAGGUCGGACAGCAGCAAUUUUAUGGAUGAUAAACAAUGGCUUACCACCAUCUCACAAUACGACAAGGAAGUGGGACAUUGGAACAAAUUUCGAGAUGAAGUUGAGGAUGAUUACUUUCGAACCUGGAACCCUGGGAAGCCACUUGACCAAGCUCUGGACUCAACCAAAGACCCCUGUUUGAAGACAAAAUGUAGUCGCCAUAAGGUUUGUGUUGCCCAAGAUUUUCAAAAAGCUGUAUGUGUUAGUCACCGAAGGCUAUCACAAAGCACAAAAGAAGCAGCACGUGCAGCACAGAAACAAUGGAAAGGUGCAACAAUUUCAUCAGGCUGUAAACAGUGCCCGGUCAUAAGGCCUACACUUGUCUGUGGCUCUGAUGGACACACCUAUUCUUCUCAGUGUAAGCUGGAAUAUCAAGCAUGCAUUUCUGGUAAAGCAGUCUCUGUGUUAUGUGAAGGACAUUGUCCGUGCCCAUUUGGAAAAGAUACCAUCAGAGGAAAAACAGACAAGAGAGUGUGCAAUGAUCAGAAAAUUAGAGAUGUUGCCAACAGGUUGAGAGACUGGUUUAAAGUACUUCAUGAAAGUGGAAUGGUGAACAAAAAGACCAAAGAAAUACAGAGGCCUGAAAGAUCAAGAUUUGACACUAGUAUAUUGCCAAUUUGUAAAGAAUCACUGGGCUGGAUGUUCAACAGACUAGACACAAACUAUGACUUAUUGUUGGAUCAGUCAGAGCUUGGAAGUAUUUAUCUAGAUAAGAACGAACAGUGCAUCAAGGCGUUUUUCAACUCUUGUGACACUUACAAAGAUGGUCGUAUCUCUAACAAUGAGUGGUGUUACUGCUUCCAGAGGCAGCAAGAUCCACCUUGCCAGACAGAGCUUUAUAAUAUUCAGAAGCAGCAGUGGGGAAAACGACUACUGGGGCAGUAUAUUCCAUCCUGUGAUGAAGAUGGCUACUAUAAACCCAAGCAGUGCCAUGGAAGUGUUGGACAGUGCUGGUGUGUGGACAGAUAUGGAAAUGAAGUAAUAGGAUCUAGAAUGAAUGGAGGAUCAGAAUGUAGUAUGGAUAUUGAAUCCUCUGGGGAUUUUGGUAGCGGAGAUUUUCAGGAAUGGUCAGAUGAUGAAGAUGAUGAAGAAGAUGUGAUGAAUGACGAGGAUGGACUUGAUGAUGAUGAAGAUGAAGGAGAUGAUGAAGAUGAUGGUGGAUACAUCUGGUAACAUUUGCAUCCUCAAAACAUGGCUGUUUGCACAAUCACUGAGUGACAUCUCAUAUCAGUUAUUUAACUCACUUAUGAGAUAAAAUUAUUCUAAUCAACUUGUAUAUUUUGUAUAUUACUACCAAGCAAAGAAAAGGAGUCAUGUACACUUCUCCACUAUAAAAGUAUUUUACGGCGUGGUACUUCUUUCAACCAGUGAAAUUGAUCAAUGGUCUAACUGGAACAAAAAGAACAUAAAUAAAUCCUUAAUGGGACCUAAAGUGAAGCCACAAACUGGUAAAAAGAAACAAAAUAUAAAUGAAUGUUGUCCAUCACUGUUUGAGAAUUUUGUAUAAAGUUCUUGCAGACAGUGUUUUCUUAUUAUCAAAUUAUAAACCAGAUAUUUGAUAUUUUUAACUAAAACUCAUGACAUAAUGACAUCUUACUGCACAAAUUUAAAUAUAUAUGGUAGUACAGUGGUUUAUUAUUUUUAUUAUUCCCAUAGGAAUCAUCAUCCAUGAGAAAAAAUGUACAUUUACUGAGAAGCUAGCAGGUCUACUAAAAGCUGUUUUUACUGCAGUUUUUCACUGUCAUGAGUGUCAUAAUGACAUUGAAUAAUAGCUCUGGUUUAUAUAUGAUUUUGUGAAGAAAGUGUAUGUAUUAUGGGUGUGACUCCCAGAUUACUUUUGCCUUUUUGUUGCAAACUGUUCAAGGUUGUGCAAAGGCUAUGGAAACAUAUUGGUAGGGCUUGCAGUUCACAGCUUGCCUAUCUGUAAUUGCUUUGUCCAAAGUAUUCUGAAGACCCUUAAUUAGGAGUGGGGGAUGUGUGGGGUUCAUGAACAUGUCUGCUACUAAUGAAGAGUGUUAUGCUGUAGUCUGUAAAGUCCUGGAAUACAGCUCAGGCUACCAUCCUCUUUUAACAGUGAUUAACCCCAUCGCAUUCACCCUGACUUUAUAUCUACAUUGGCAUAAUGUAGUAGCCACCCCUAACUUUUCUCCCUGGAUGUGAACUGAUUAGAGCCAACAUCAGACACAUACCUGACAAUGACCAGAAACCUCUCAUCCCGAAAUCAGUGUCACUAGUAAACAAAUCACCACAUGUUGCCCACCCUCUGCAUGUGCACACAUGGUAUCCUUCAAAUCCAGCAGUGAUUGGUAUGCUGUGCCAAUCAGCUCCUUCCACUUAUCAGUGAUUGUUAUUCUGUGCCAUUCAGGUCCUUCCACAUGUCAGUGUUUGGCAUGCUGUGCCAAUCACCUCCUUCAACAUAUCAGUGAUUGGUAAGCUGUGCCAAUCAGCUCCUUCCACAUGUCGGUGUUUGGCAUGCUGUGCCAAUCAGGUCCUUCCACUUAUCAAUGAUUGGAGCCAGAGGAUACCCUCAUCCUCUGUCAUCUGAAUGCUAUAGCCAGUAGUCCAUCAACCCUACUGACCAUGAGGAGGCAGGCCUGUCCAGCACUGAGUACUGUGUAGUGUGUCAGCAUUGUCUCAGGCUUUUCUCUCUGCUGUAUUUAAUGUUUAUAAAAUCCAAAACUACCACCACUCAAACAUUAAAGCACACAUCUUGUUUUGCAACAACACUAUGCUAUUGAGAUGCAUACUGAUUCUUUUCAAGAGCCACACCCACUGGUACCAGAGUGGGCUGUGGCUGGAUACAUAUACCAUGCUGUGCAUUCUCUGUUAUACUAUGCCUACAGUGAACCUUUGCUUCUUCCCUCCAAGAUCAAGCCCUACCACCCAAAACCAGUUCUGCAGCAUGACAGAACAUUGCUUUACCACACUGUAAACCUAAGCAUGACAGAACAUUGUCUUACAACACUGUAAACCUAUGUUGUAAACCACACUCAAUGUUCAGUGCAAGCAUUAUGGUGACUGAAUGAUAACAGAACAUUGGUUUACCACAUUGGUAACCUAUGUUGUAAAUCACACUUAAUGUUCAGUCCAAGCAUUAUGGUGACUGAAUGAUGACAGAUCAUUGAACAUUGGUUUACCACAUUGUAAACCUAAGCAUGACAGAACAUUGUCUCACCACACUGUAAACGUAUGUUAUAAAUCAAACUCAAUGUUCAGUGCAAGCAUUAUGUUUACCACACUGUUCACCUAUGUUAUAAACUACACUCGAUGUUCAUUGCAAGCAUUAUGGUGAGUGAAUGAUGACAGAACAUUGUUUUACCACACUGUAAACCUAAGCAUGACAGAACAUUAUCUUACCACACUGUAAACCUAUGUUUUAAACCACACUCAAUGUUCAGUGCAAGCAUUAUGGUGUCUGUAUGAUGACAGAACAUUGUUUUAUCACACUGUAAACCCAAGUUGUAAAUCAUACUCAAUGUUCAAUGCAAGCAUUAUGGUGACUGAAUAUUUCCAGAUUUAAAUCUUUGUUUAUUCCUUAAUUUUCAUUUUUAUUUGAUUAAUUAUAUUCCUGGGUUUGACAUGACACAACAGAUAACACAAAAUGGUUCUGAACAUAUCCCUCAUAGGUUUUUGCACUUGAUUUUGAGUGUAUGUAUUUUCAGUAAGUUAAUGCACACAGCCUCCAAAUAUGCAUACAGGUAUGCAGACCUUCACUGUUGGGACAUGCCCCCCCCAAGUAUUUAAAUAUAUAUUCAUUUUCUGCUUCAAUUAAAAUAUAUUUAAUACAAGUAUACUCUUUUAUUCUUAUAUUAAAUGAAUAACUAGACAAUGAAUUGUAAGGUGCCUUGCAAAAUAGAACUAGAAAGGAUUUAGCAUGCAGAUAAAAUCUCAGAUAUUAGGAUGUAACUAAACAAAGCCAGUUGCAAAUUAAAUGCCAGUAAAAGUGCUGCUGCAGAAAUGAAAAGACUGGAUUAUUUUUAAUUUUGUAUUGUUAUGGUAAUUACAGCUAUUUUAUGAUUGUUCUGUAGCAGUUAUAUAUACAGUUUACCUGUUGAGGAAAUUAUUUUAAUCUUUGUAUUUUUCUUAGCAUGUUAUUUCAUUGUGCAGACAUGUGGCAAUUUGACUGCCUUGGAUCACUGUCAGAGCGUGAGCAGUGUGACCCCGGUUACCACUGGACUAUUUCUCUAAUGUUAGCCAUUUACUGUUUCAUUUGGACAAUGAAACUGUUGUCUAUGCUUUUUCUAUCUGUAUUUGUUUUAGAACAACUAUAUUUCCUUUAUUUUUUCUGAUAUUUGUUAUGUGGUAUUAAAAGGUUCCAUGCAUUUUCUUUUUUGUUUAUACAAAGUUUGCUGUAGUAAACUUCUGUAAUCCCUUACUGCCUGCCUAGUUUUCUAAUAUCAGAAGGCUUCAUCCUCUCAUUUUGUAAAAGUUUUCUACUUACUCAUUGAACUGUUAAGUUUGAUUAUUGGGUAGAGGUAGAAAACAUAGAGGUAUACAUAGCAUAUAAAGAUGUAUUAUCCAGGGUUUAUACUUUUGUGCAAUUUUCAUAAUAACAUUUGUGGAAUGGGUAUAAUAUGCCUAAUAAAGUUUGCUGAAUGGA